GACUAGUUGACAAGUUGACAUUCUCUUUCAGUUUGGAGCGUUUGGUUGUUGAGUGCGGUUCAUGUGGUUUUUCCAGCGUUUUCCAGCGAAAAACCGUAAUGUUUGCGGUCUUAAUCGAAUGUGAAUGAUUCGCUGUGUAUAAGUCAAAAAGUGAAAUGCACGAUGGCAGUGAUGGUUCCUACUAUAAACGGACACAUUCAGAACCAUCUAACCAGGUCUUUGGAGCGGAUUUUAGAGGAGGCGAACCAGAGCGGCGACCUCAAAUUGAGCAAUAGGAAGUUGAAGGACUUCCCUAAAGCCAAGGAGAAGUACAACCUAAGCGAUACUGUAACUGCAGAUCUCUCGAAAAAUCGCUUCAGUGAACUGCCAGAAGAAGUGACCGAUUUCCAUUUCCUCGAACGCCUUCAGUGCUACCACAACGCCAUCAGAUUCAUUCCGGACUCCAUCAGCAGUUUGCAAUGUUUGAACUUUUUGGACCUGAGCCGGAACCAAUUGGCCGCCCUGCCAAGGGAAAUAUGCCUGCUGCCCAUUCAGGUAAAAGUUCGCAAAAAAACCUCAUCAAAACGAUGAUAAUUCGCUUUCAUG